UUUUUUAAUGUCAAUAGACCAGUGCAUUCAAUCAAAUGUUACCAAUUCUUUAUAAAUCAUUAAGAUGGAGAAGUUCCAUGAGCAAAUUUUUACAAACAGUAGAUUUUACAUUAAUUACUAACAGAGGCAAGAAAGAUGAUUCGAAUCUUUCUUCACUUUUUGUACCAGUACCGGUUAAACCAAAUCCUGAUGAUAUUAACAUUGGAGCUGAAAUUAGUGGACAGUUAAAUAAGGCUGAUUUAUUAAAAGUUUUAAAUAAAUUUUACCAAAGAAAGGAAAUUAAACAAUUGUGUUUAGAAAAUGGCUUGGACAAUUAUUUACAACAUCAGGCCUAUGUUAGUUUUAGACGCUAUUGUUUAGAAGCUGAAGCUUUGCCAGUUGAUUUUCACAUAGCAGUUAGUGAUGUAUUGCAAGGUGCUGGUCACGUUGAUGACAUAUUACCAUACUUCCUUAAACAUGCACGAAGAAUGUUUCCGCAUUUAGAGUGCAUGGAUGAUCUUAAAAAAAUAUCAGACUUAAGAACACCUGCAAAUUGGUACCCAUCAGCAAGAGCUAUAAAUCGCAAAAUAAUAUUUCAUGCCGGUCCAACAAACUCAGGCAAAACAUAUCAUGCUCUUGAAAGAUUUAUGAAUGCUAAAUCGGGUGUGUAUUGUGGUCCUCUAAAAUUACUUGCCACUGAAGUAUUUCAUAAAUGCAAAGAAAGAGAAACGAAUUGCGAUUUAGUGACGGGCGAGGAAAGACAAUAUGCAAAAGGAGAAGAACCUAGUGACCAUGUUUCUUGCACCGUUGAAAUGACUUCAAUUAACACACCAUAUGAGGUAGCAGUUAUCGAUGAAAUUCAGAUGAUUAAAGAUCCUGGACGUGGCUGGGCUUGGACAAGAGCCUUUUUAGGUUUAGUUGCUGAUGAAGUACAUGUUUGUGGAGAACCAGCUGCAAUAGAUUUAAUUAGAGAAUUGUGUACAACUACUGGUGAAGAUCUAGAGGUUAGAAAUUAUAAAAGACUUACGAAUCUCACAGUAGAAGAUUCAGCUUUAUGUUCCUUGGAUAAUGUACAACCUGGUGAUUGUAUAGUUUGUUUUAGUAAAAAUGACAUAUAUUCGGUUUCAAGAGCAAUUGAAUCUAGAGGUCGAGAAGUUGCAGUUAUAUAUGGUGGUUUGCCUCCUGGUACUAAAUUAGCGCAGGCAGCAAAAUUUAAUGAUACCAAAAAUAGUUGUAAAAUUAUGGUGGCAACAGAUGCUAUUGGAAUGGGACUGAAUCUGAGUAUUAGAAGAAUAAUUUUUUAUUCUUUAAUUAAACCGUCUGUAAAUGAGAAAGGUGAAAAGGAAAUGGAUACAAUAUCUGUUUCACAAGCCCUUCAAAUAGCAGGUCGAGCCGGGCGUUAUGGAACUCAAUGGGAGCACGGGUUUGUUACUACAUUAAAACCUGAAGAUUUAUCAACAUUAAAAUCGUUGCUUGCCUCCACACCAGACACAAUAACACAAGCCGGACUUCAUCCAACUGCAGAUCAAAUAGAACUUUAUGCAUACCAUUUGCCAAAUUCAACAUUAAGUAAUUUAAUGGAUAUUUUUGUAUCACUUUCUACAGUGGACGAUUCAUUAUAUUUCAUGUGCAAUACUGAAGAUUUUAAAUUUUUGGCCGACAUGAUACAACAUGUUCCACUGCCUUUACGGGCGAGAUAUAUCUUCUGCUGUGCUCCUAUAAACCGGAAGAUGCCAUUUGUAUGCACAAUGUUCCUUAAGUUUGCAAGGCAGUUUUCAAGAAAUGAACCUUUAACAUUUGAUUGGUUGUGCAAUCAUUGUGGAUUUCCUUUUGCGCUUCCCAAAACAAUUAUUGAUUUAGUUCAUCUAGAAGCUGUUUUUGAUGUUAUGGAUUUAUAUUUAUGGUUUAGUUAUCGUUUUAUGGAUUUAUUUCCUGAUGCUAAUUUAGUUCGGGAUACACAAAAAGAGUUAGAUGCCAUCAUUCAACAAGGUGUUUUCCAAAUAACACGUUUACUUAAAAAUUCUGAAAAUGUAAUAAGCACAAAUACUCCUGAUGAAGAUUCUAUAUCAAUUAAUCAUAGAAGAAAUAAUUAUUUAAGAGAACCAUCUUCACCAAAUGUUGGCAAGGGUCGUUUAACCGAAAGAUUGCUGGCUCAAGGAUUACUCACGCCUCACAUGUUACAAGAAUUAAAAAAGGAGUGGCAAGGUUCUGCAGAUAAAGGCAGCUCAUCACAAGAUAAUAAUUCUCCUCUUCUUGACAAAAAAGGAAAACGAAAAAGACGGACAAAGUAGGUUAAAUAUUACAUAGUUGUUACAGAUUGAAGUAUAAGAUUUAAUAGAUAA